AUGAUGCAGUAUAAUACACAUUUUGGUUCUAAGGUAUCGCCACACUUGGGAAGACUAAAUUUUAAGAAUUUAUUCUUCAAUUAUUCACCAAAUUUGAUGCUUUGGGGAGGUGCGUCAUUAGUAGGAGUAUUCGUAUUCGUUGAAGGAUGGCCACUUUUCCAGCAGAAUUUCUUUCAAAAGAUUCCGUAUUUUGGUGAACAUUGGAAGAAGGAAAUACCACCAGAAGAUAGCAUUAACUAA